AUGUUGCUCUUUGCCCUUGUUCUUGUUUGCUACAUGAUGACCCUCCUGGGUAACACUACUAUCAUUGUUGUGUCAAGACUAGAUCCAGGGCUCCAUACCCCCAUGUAUUUCUUCCUCAGCAAUCUUUCCUUCCUUGACAUCUGCUUCACCACCAGCCUUGGCCCCCACAUGCUGUUGAAUUUCUGGAGAAAAAGCAAGACUAUCACUUAUGGUGGCUGUGUGGCUGAGCUCUACAUCUCCCUUGCUCUGGGCUCCAUAGAAUGUAUUUUGUUAGCUGUCAUGGCCUAUGAUCGCUAUGCUGCCAUCUGUCACCCACUGCACUACACUACCAUUAUGAGCCACUCUCUGUGUUUCACGAUGGCUGCUAUCUCCUGGAUAAGUGGCUUCAGCAACUCACUAGUUCACACUGUGAUGAUUCUAAGGCUUCCACUGUGUGGACGGAAUCAAGUGGAUCAUUUCUUUUGUGAGCUCCCUGCCUUUCUUCAAUUGGCUUGUGUUGACACUUCACUUAAUGAGGUUGUAAUGUUUUCUACUAGUGUAUUGUUCCUCCUAGUACCAGUUAGUCUCAUCACAGUCUCUUAUGGCUAUAUAGCUGCUGCAGUGCUGAGGAUUCACUCAGCUAAGGGAAGGAAGAGAGCCUUCAACACUUGUUCCUCCCACUUGAUGGUGGUCUGGCUCUUCUAUGGCACAGCCAUUUUCAAUUAUUUCCAGCCUCUGUCCAUCUCCUCCCGUGAUUGA